AUGGCAACAGACAUUAACGCGCAUCCGACCCAGCAUAUCGCUCCCCAGCUGAGUUCAGCAUGCAGAGACGCGGACAGCAUGACGGGAGUGAAGCGCAAGCGUGCGCAUGGAGUAGCCGCGACCCACCACCAGGAAGUCCCUUGGACCGCGGCCAGAUGCAAUCGACUCUUGCGUACAAUCACCUCUCGGAUCAGUAUCCUGCGCAAACUGGCAAAGACUCUACCUCAACCCCAACAGACGAUUCCAAAAGCACUCGCCGCUCAGCUGGCCGAGAGUCUUCCGAGCCCUAUUAUUGCCUCAUCGUAUUCGCCAGACAACAACGACCCAGACUGGCUACCACAAGAGGGCAAGCGUGCCCCUGACCGCACCUAUCUCCACAGGACCAAGGCCAGAGUCGUGGAGAGGACGAUCGCCUCUGCACCUGACUCGAGUGUCCACAGCCUGCAUACUCCUCUAGUGCAACGCUUCUUGGCGCAGGGAUCCGAGCAAUGUGUGCGUCAGCUGGCCAAGACUCCUUCCCAUGCGAGUCAACCCCCUGCGCAUCGGGAUGCCCAGAAGCGGCGAACAUUGCCCCUCCUCCCCACCAAUUGCGCAGACAAGGCCCUGCGGGCGUUGUUUGACGCUUUUGACGCGUUGCUGUUCACCACUCAGGGUCCCGCUCCUGAGCCAAGAACUGGCACCCGCUCGCUGCUUCACACGUGUCUCAGCAAGGUGCCUGCGCUCAUUGCUCAGGAGCAAGCACUCCAUCCAAGCCAAGAUGAAGAAAUUAGGACAAACGUCACAAGCGAAAUUUACGACUAUCUGGGAGAUUUCGGCAGCGGAGCCAAUGCGGGGUGGUCUGGGUUGAGGCACGUUGUCAGAGCGCAUGCGAUCCACCUAAUUGCUGGUUCAAUCGGGGAUGGCAUCCUGGAUGGCGAUGCAGUCGACAGUCUGGUGGAGAUCUGCAAGAAAAGACACGCCGCCAAGGAAGCGCAAUCGUUUUUGCAAGCCUGGUUGCACUGCACAGGAGAGUGUUCUUCCACCAAGAUACUCCACUUCGUCCACAAGUGCUCGCAGGCCGGGUACAGGGCAUUCCUAUUUCGAACCCUGACUCCAGCCUUGCAACAGGGUAUCGUCAAAUGGAUCAGUCUAGCGCAAAAUGGAUCGCUGUGGAAGGAGUGGCAGGAGUUGCUCUUCACCUCUUCGAACGAAACGGCAAUGAUGUUCUUGGAGACCUACACUGUCACCUCCAUCCGAGAGGCUUCCAGUUGCGCAUCUGAAGGUGGAAAGCACAGGCACAAUGGUAUUCUUCGAACGUUUAUUAUCGGUCUGACGGAACUCGCUUGGAGGUCAAGAGAGCAGGGCUCCUUGAACGGCGAUGCAAAGCAUGUUCAUCGACUGGCAGCGGCGACUUCACUUGCUCUUGAAAGGCUACUUGACGACAGCGAAGCACAGAGAGAGCAGAAGGCUUGUGCCACUAUCAUUGCUCAUCCAUUCUUAAUGGGCAGCAUUGUAUUGCAGCUUGCGGGUGUCGCAGCCGACACGAGUAUGGCCCUCCCGGAUGUACCGGCACUCUUUCAGCUACUCAGCGGGGCAGCAUACGAUGACAGCCAUCGGCACGUUGCCGGCACUCGUCCAAGCCGCGAGGCUGCGUUUAUUUGCAGAUGCGCUGAAGACUUCGCCCGAACCGAUUCCACUUCCGCCAUCGACUUCCUCAGGAGUGUCGUCAAUGGCCUGCUCGGUCGUGUACACGACAAUGACUGCGAGCUUACUGCUUCGCUGCGACAUCUAGCCGCCGAGACCGUGAUGCAAUGGACAGAGACUCACGAUGACAAUGCCAGCUACGCCCUUGCCGAGGACUUCGAAAGUGCCCUCAAUGACUGCAAGACUCCUUCCGCCACUCGCGCCGUUCCUGCCGUGUCCGGCAAGCCUGUGAGCUAUCGUUGGGAAGAAGGGUUGUGCGAAUGGGUUGCUAAGACUCCGGCUGCGAGGGACUCGGGGGUUGGGCUCGAUUUCGAGAGCAGUCUCGGUGGCGUCGACGAUUCGGGAAUUGAGAUGGAAGAGGAAGACACGCGGGAGAAGCUAGUUGGACGAGCGAGUCGGCGGCUUCGCAUGGAGGAGGAAGAAGAUGAGCUGGCUCUCAUUACACCUGCGAUGCUACGAUGGCGAGCGGUCACCCUGUUCGAACCCGAGCCUGAGUCAGAGUCUGAGCCUGAAGAGCGAGACGAGCUUCAAACCGUCUCCAAGACAUUGCGCAUGCACGCUGGCACGCUUCCGCCUUCGAGGGCUGUUGUCCACUUCGACGACGAGAUGAGCGACGAUGAGCUUGGCUUCGCGUAG